GCGAAGUCACAGGAUUCCUCCCUCCCUCCCAAUCCAUCUCCCCAUAUAUAUUCGCCGGCUCUCUCUCUCUCUCUUACUCUCUCUUCCUCCUGGCCUGCUCCUCUGGUUGAUGCCAUGGCGGUGUCGUCUCCCGCUCCGGAGCCGAGGAGGGCCGGCGGUAGCAGCAGCAGCAAAUGGCGCCGCGGCAACAGAAAGGUGAUCAACGGGUACAUCGGCGAGGCGCGGGCGGCUCUGGCGGCCGCGGCGGCGCGGGACGACGACGGCGGGGAUGACUCUGCCGCGGCGGCCGCGCUCGGGCUGGUCGGCGCGGUGCUGGAGAUGUCGCCGCGCAUGGAGGCCGCGCUGGAGCUCCGAGCGCGCGCGCUGCUCGCGCUCCGCCCCUACCACGACGUCGCGGAGAUGCUCCGCGACUACAUCCCCAGCUGCGCCAGGUCCUGCGCCGGGGACGACACUGCCACCUCCUCCUCGUCGGCGUCCUGCUCCUCCGGCUCCGGCGACCUCGCCUGCGCAUAGAGAACGAGAGAGAAAAACAGUUAUGAUGGAGGAUGGCCAAUUCACCGCGUCGAUCCGCGUACGCGCCAAGUUCAUGGCGUUGGAGUUGUCGGCCACGGCCGCGUUCACGUGGCAGUCUCGAGCACCCCUUCAGUGUCGCUUCUUCGCUUGGCUAGAAGUCAAGAACCGCUGCUGGCCAUCUGAUUGAUUGGCGCGACGUGGAUUACCGCAUCAGGUUACAUA